CUAUAUGAAGGUACAUACCCGGAUGUAAACGGAUUUAGCCCCUUAGCCUGGAAACUAACAGAAUUUAAACAGGACAAUUUGCUGUAUUCUUCACGUUUUGAAUAGCAAACGUGAAAACUUUAAAAUGAUUAAAGCGAUUUUGAUUUUUAACAACCACGGGAAACCUCGGCUGAUCCGAUUCUAUCAGUAUUUUACGGAGGACAUGCAGCAGCAGAUCAUCCGAGAAACUUUCCAUUUAGUGUCCAAAAGAGACGACAACGUUUGCAACUUUUUAGAAGGUGGAAGUCUCAUCGGAGGCUCCGACUACAAGUUGAUUUACCGGCACUAUGCCACCCUCUACUUUGUGUUCUGUGUGGACUCGUCUGAAAGUGAACUUGGCAUUUUGGACCUGAUCCAGGUGUUUGUGGAAACAUUGGAUAAAUGCUUUGAAAAUGUUUGUGAGCUGGACCUCAUAUUUCACAUGGAUAAGGUCCAUUACAUCCUGCAGGAGGUGGUGAUGGGGGGCAUGGUGCUGGAGACCAACAUGAACGAGAUCGUGGCGCAGGUCGAGGUGCAGAACCGCAUGGAGAAGUCAGAGGGAGGUCUGUCUGCGGCCCCCGCUCGUGCCGUUUCCGCCGUGAAGAACAUGAACCUUCCAGAGAUUCCCCGCAACAUCAACAUCGGGGACAUCAACAUCAAAGUGCCGAGCCUCUCCCCGUUCUGAGGAGCGUCCCCCCCCCCCCCCCCAUCUUGGUGGUUAUGGUCCCUGCUUCCCUUCGCCGUGUUGCAGGUCCCCCUCCAGUCCCAGAUGCUCAUUCCUGUGGCUGCAUGCGGAGAGGCAGUCCCAUUGAAACAGGCUUUGAAAUCAUUUGCACUCCUCCAUCGGCCUCACGUUCAUCAGCAGCCUGACUGAAAGGCUUCAGGACUUUAACUUUUUCCUGAGACUUUAAUUGCUCAAACACAUUUGUUUUGUUUUCUUUUUAUUGUGAUUUAUUCUUUUUAUCCCCCCCCCCCGUCUGGAAUAUAUUUCAUUUCGGGAGUCGGUUUGAAAGCUGAAUGUUUCCCCUAAGUGAAGCUCGUGCCGACAGCUGAAACGCUGACUUCCAGCAGACCAACAUCUGGUUGUUCAUCUGUAAAGUUGUGUAAUUAGUUGUGUUUUGUGGUCCCAAUGUCGUGUUUUACCAUGAAAUGUCGUCAAAGUGGAGUCUUAUAUCUCAGUCUGCAAGGCAUUUCUUGACAAGGUAAAUGAAGUAAUAAAUUCAACCCAUCCA